AUUCUCCUUCUCCCUCACCAAUCCCUUCUCUCUCGAGAAGAGCCCCAAUUCAUCUCUCUCUCUCUCUCUCUCUCUCUCUCUCUCUCUCUCUCUCUGAAUCGCUGCCCACGAAGAAGGAAGGAGGAGGAAGAUGCCGGCGAAAAUAGAGGAGCCACUGUUGCAGUCGAACCCUGACAGGUUCUGUAUGUUCCCAAUUCGUUAUCCGCAGAUAUGGGAGAUGUACAAGAAGGCGGAGGCCUCCUUCUGGACCGCCGAGGAGGUGGACCUCUCUCAAGACGUCCGCCACUGGGACGAAACCCUGACGCCGGACGAGCGCCACUUCAUCUCCCACGUUCUUGCCUUCUUCGCCGCCUCGGACGGCAUCGUCCUCGAGAACCUCGCCGGCCGCUUCAUGAAAGAGGUCCAGGUUGCCGAGGCUCGCGCCUUCUACGGCUUCCAGAUCGCCAUUGAGAACAUCCACUCCGAGAUGUACUCGCUUCUCCUCGAAUCUUACGUUCGCGACUCCGCGGAGCGCUACCGCCUCUUCCACGCCAUCGACACCAUCCCCUGCGUCGCCAAGAAGGCCAACUGGGCCCUCCGCUGGAUCGACGGCUCCGAGUCCUUCGCCGAGCGCCUCGUCGCCUUUGCCGCCGUCGAGGGUCUCUUCUUCUCCGGCAGUUUCUGCGCCAUCUUCUGGCUCAAGAAGCGCGGCCUCAUGCCAGGCCUCACCUUCUCCAACGAGCUCAUCUCCAGGGACGAGGGCCUUCACACCGACUUCGCCUGCCUGCUCUAUAGCCUCCUAAACCAGAGGCUCAAGGAGGAGACGGUUCAGACGAUUGUGAAGGAUGCCGUAGAGAUCGAGCGGGAGUUCAUCUGCGACGCGUUGCCGGUGGCGCUGGUGGGGAUGAACGCCUCUCUCAUGUCGCAGUACAUCGAGUUCGUGGCCGACCGGCUGCUGGUGUCUCUUGGCUGCCGGAAGGUGUACGGAGCACAGAAUCCGUUCGACUGGAUGGAGCUGAUAUCUUUGCAGGGGAAGACCAACUUCUUUGAGAAAAGAGUUGGAGACUACCAGAAAGCAUCGGUGAUGAGUAGUGUCAACGGGGAUGUGUUUAACAACCAUGUGUUCAAGUUGGAUGAGGACUUCUGAGAAGGAUCAGCGGUUGAUUCCGAUCCCUCCAUGGUCUCAUCGUCCUCCUCCGUCGCGCUUUUCCAUUCCCCUUUCAUGAUUUCCCCUUUGCUCUCUCUCUACGACCCCUUUCUUCUUGUGCCAUGUAGAUUUAUGUUCUUGCUGAUCUCAUAAAUAGACAAUACUUCAACGUUUC